AUAAUGUUUUAUUGCAUGUCUGAUUAAAUUCAUUGAACAACUUGUGUGAACUUUAUUGAUUGAAAAGUGGACAUGUAAUUGAAAUAAAAGCUAUAACAAUGAUAGGCUAAACAAUGAGUUCAUUGAGGGUUGUACCAAGGAGGACUUGGGGAGGUAAAGACAUCCAGGGUAACCUACCACGUGUCAAAUAUCCAGCUGACAAAAUAUUCUACGCCUUUGUAUUUGCGGAACGAAAGCACGGACCUAGGCCCGGGGCCUUGGAGAUAGAAUGCGUCGAAUAUCUACAAAGGUUACAAAACUGGGACAUGAGGAGGAAAAAGGACAUCAGAUUCAAUUUUGUUAUUGCCCCGGACGGAAACAUUUACAGAGGUCGUGGAUGGAAUAACGCCCCUUUUCUCCCACACAAGCAUAAGGAAUUCAACUACACGUCCUUCUACAUCGGAUAUUUAGGGGACUUUAGAUAUGACAUGCCUGCUAUAGAUCACUUGUACCUUCGAAGAAACAUAGUCCAAUUCGGUAUAGAAAACAAAUAUAUAUCUGAAAGAUUCAUCGAAAUCAACUUGAGACACACACUUAUACCUCUUUUGUUUGAUGAGCUUGUAAAAAUAAAUUGA